AUGACUUCAUCGCUGGAAAUAAAGAAGAAGAAAAUGUCAACCGAAGUGCGCAUCAGUAAGACUAAGAAACGCGGUCAUAAGAGACGCGGUCAUCGUAACAGGAACGAGAAGGAGCCGAUUGUUGACGAGGCAGCGGCGAAGCAGGGCAGCAAGUCCACGGUUCGCAGCCAGCGCAGCAGUCGUGCUCGGAACCGCUCGAAGCCGGUGCCCAAGGACGUGGCCGAGCCGCUGCAGCAGCCGGUGCCCAAGGACGUGGCCGAGCCGCAGCAGCAGCAGCCUGCGUUGGUAGCAACCACUCGAAGCCAUCACAAAUCGUCUAAGAGCAAAUUUGUUCCUGCUCAGGAAGCGUCGACCCGACCACUUAAAGAAAAAAGCGCGCAGCCUCAGCGGAAGCCGUCUGCUCGCCGGCGCCACAAGUCAAAGAAGGCUGCAGAUUCUUCACACUUGGUUACACUCCAAGACGCAUUGGCUAUGGCCGCUGCUGUCGUGACAAUACCGCCACCCGUGCUCACUCAAGAACACGUGGCGAAGCCGUCGUGUGCGUCGUGUGGCGGUGGACCGGCCGUAGGCUCGGUCGUACCACGUAUCCUCUGCGCAGUCUCGGUCGGAGUUCUUCUGGUGAGCGCAUUCACCGCCAGUAUGCUGGCAGCCAGCACAACCGAGCCGCCGACGCCGUGCAGAUCCGAGGGCUGCCUGUAUCAUGCGUAUCGCCUCGCAUCCGCCUCCAACAGAACAGCGGACCCAUGCGUAGACUUUUACGCCUACGUCUGUGGCCGGUGGCAGGCAUCCCAUGAGGGAGCUCGGAGUCAGGCAGAGGACGCUGCCAUGGCGCUAGCGGUGGACGUGAUCAGCAGCCUCGAGCGACCUUUGGCCAGCAACAGAGUCGUUGGAAACCUUGUUUCGACAUGCGUCGCAAAUAAGAUUGGCGUCAGUGCAGAUGCAUUCAUUGGUGUCGCCAAGCUUCUGGGCCUUCCCAUGUUCACAAAAGACAAAUUUUCAGGCCACCCGAUGGAGCAUCUCGUCCGUCUCUGCCUUCGGUGGAACCUAGACCUAGUUUUCGGCUUGCGAGUCGUCUCUGACAACCGCAAACCUUUCCUUUUGCUCACGAGACACCGGAAGCAUGUGGUACCGGAAGUACGCAGUGCUGCUAGGCGCUACGCUCGGACACACGUCCGAAAACACAUCAACGCAUUUGCCAGUGCCAAUAUGCAGCUGUUGCGUGCCGUACAAGAAGGUCUCUUCAACGCCGUGAAUUUCGAGCGAGAAGACCAGACAUUACUCACACUGGCCAACCUAACCAUGGCCACGACAUCAGUUCAAGAGUGGGUGACAUUUCUGAACGCCCACAGUAGUAGCAAGCAAGUGUUCGAUGAAAACAGCCUAAUUGUACUAGAGAACGUCGGCAUGGUGAAGAGCCUUGAUGGCGUUCUGACCAAGUACAAACGAGAGGAUGUCGUUGCCAGUGUUUGCUGGGUGUUUGUGGAAGAGUAUCUGUGGCUCUUGACAGACCUGCGCUCCAAUGAUUCACACGCGACAGCAAAGGAAACGUCGGAUAUGGAGAGCGACUCCAGACUAUUGCAAAGGCACAGACCUGCAGCGUGCCUAGCCUACGUGGAUACUUUUCUAGGACUACUCAGUGGUGCUAAUCACAUUAAGGACACCUUUCCGGAAUCAUCGCAAAGGCAGCUAAAUGAAAUCUUCGAGAGCAUCGAUAAUGAACUGAUUAUUCUCGCCAACGCAUCCACCUGGAUAGACGCCAAAACAAAGGAACGCGUGGUGGCAAAGGUUAGAAAAGUGCAGCGAGACGUAUGGCCCGAAGUCACAGUUUUAAGCAUCGAAGCGCUCCUCGCUCUCCAUAGCAAGAUGCGAACUUCGAAGCAUGACAAUUUUCUUGCUGUCUUUUCCAAUUCGAGGUCACUCCUUGGCAACGAGCGUUAUUCGGACGUAUUAUUCAGGAACCUGAAGUCUACACCCUUAGGAAAUGCCGGCUACAUUUACCACGUGAAUCGCGUUCUUAUGUCUGUUGCCGCCAUCGGAGCUCCCUUCUUCUAUCCGCACACGCCAAGCUCCGUGAACUACGGAGGUCUCACUUCUGUAUACGCCACCCAGUUGCUGCGCCUCCUGGAUAAUACUGGGGUGACGUACAGCUCCAAUGAUAGUGGCACGUUGUGGAUGAAAGAAAGUAUCAUGGAGUACAAUCAGAGAGCAGACUGCCAGAUGGCAGACGUGCAGAGAGUUGACCACGUGCCACUGCUUCCUUUCCUGCCAGCGUUGGAAGUUGCGUAUGCUGCCUUCUCAAGACAACCUGGCCAAGAUAUUACAAUUGACGCAGAGGAAUUGGGACCCACGUCAGGUGCCAGGUUAUUCUUCAUGAGCUAUUGCCACGCGCUGUGUGGUAAAGAGCGGAGUGGCGGAGCUGAGAAAUGCAACUUCCCUCUGCGCAAUUUUCUGCCUUUUGCAGCUACUUUUGACUGUUCCCCAGGGACGUGGAUGUCCGGUGGGAAGUGCUCAUUUUUUGGAGCCUAA